AUGACUGACCUAGGAAACCAUGACAAGGAUGCAGUGACCUAUAAUGAUGUGCAUGUUAACUUCACUGAGGAAGAAUGGGCUUUGCUGGAUUCUUCACAAAAGAAUCUCUACAAAGAUGUGAUGGUGGACACUUACAAAAACCUCACUACUAUAGGCUACAAGUGGAAAGAUCAUCACAUUGAAGAGAAUUGUCAAAGUUCUCAAAGACAUGGAAGGCAUGAAAUAAGUCAUAUUACAGAGAAACAUUCUGAAUAUACUCAAAAUGGUAAAGCCUUUGGAUAUCACAAUCAUCUUAAAAAGCAUGAAAGAAGACAUACUGGAGAAACAGCAUAUGAAUGUAGGCAAUACGAUAAGGCCUUUGAAUGUCACAGUUGUACUCAAAGUGCUCUUCAAUCGCAUAAAAGAACACAUACUGGAGAGAAACCCUAUGAAUGUAAGCAGUGUGAUAAAGCCUUUGCUCAUCAUACUUCUCUUCAAUUGCAUGAAAGAAGACAUACAGGAGAGAGACCCUAUGAAUGUAAUGAAUGUAGUAAAGCCUUUUCUAGUCCUAGUCAUUUUCAAGUACAUAAAAGAACACAUACUGGUGAGAAGCCCUAUGAAUGUAAUCAAUGUGGUAAAGCCUUUGCAUGCCAGAGUAGCUGGAAAAAGCACAAAAGAACACACACUGGAGAGAAACCCUAUAAAUGUAAUCAGUGUGAUAAAGCCUUUGCACAACACAGUCAACUUCAAAUGCAUGAAAGAACACAUACUGGAGAGAAACCAUAUGAAUGCAAUCAAUGUGGUAAAGCCUUUGCACAAAAAGGUAAUCUUCAAAGUCAUAAAAGAACACAUACUGGAGAGAAACCCUAUGGAUGUAAUCAAUGUGGUAAAGCCUUUGCUGUUCAGAAUGCUCUUAAAUUACAUAAAAGAACUCAUACUGGAGAGAAACCCUAUAUAUGUAAUCAAUGUGGUAAAGCCUUUGCUUCUCAGAGUACACUUCAAAUGCAUAAAAGAACACAUACUGGAGAGAAACCCUAUGAAUGUAAGCAAUGUGGUAAAGCCUUUGCUUAUCAGAGUGCUCUUCAUGUACAUAAAAGAACACAUAGUAGAGUGAAAUCCUGUGAAUGUAGAAGGUAAAAUAUGUGGUAAAGCCAUUGCUUAUCACAGUUCUCUUCAAGUACAUGAAAGAACACAUACUGGAGAGCAACCCUAUGAAUGUAAUCAGUGUGGUAAAGCCUUUUCAC